AAACACACAGCGUGUCAUCAUCAUAAAGGCUCGUCGUUCCUUUCAUUUUCUGAUUUUCGCGUCGUCUUAUGAAUCUGGUGGAGUUGUUCAGCGUCCCGGCGGGGUUGAGAAACUGACCGGGUCCAGUAUGGCUCAGACCAGUCAACUACAGGAGAUUCAUGAGAGAGACCUGCGAGAUGUAGUUCUCAUUAAAACCAGCGUCGGUGCGUGUUUGCGUGGAUAUUUCAGAAGGACGGAACGCGAAGUGGCUGUCAAGUUGCUCACGGAUAGUAAAUGGAUUGACAGGUUGCAGAAAGGAGGAAUGUCGGGUCAGGUGAGAUCUGAGCGUGUACUGGUCCCACUGGGUGUGUACAGGAGUCACUCUCUAUUUGGGUUGGUGUGGGACUGGAUGACUGAAGGCUCUCUAGAUUCAGCACUGCAUGAGACAGAACUGCACCCAGAGCUUUCAAUGACUCUUUGUCUUCGGAUCCUGUUGGAUGUUGCUGAAGGUUUAGCUCAUCUCCAUGGCAUUCGGCUGCCUCAUGGAGCCCUGAAAGCCACUAAUGUUCUUCUUGACCAACAAUACCGUGCCAAGUUGUGUGACUGGGGCCAAGAGAUAGACAUGAAUUUGAUGAUAAACUCCUCCAAUGGGUUUCGGCCAUGCUACAGAGAUCUGGCCUAUAUUUCACCCGAAGGCAACAUUCCUUCUGCAGAGGCUGACAUUUACAGUUUUGGGAUUCUAAUAUGGGAAACGCUAAAUAGAAAGCGUGCAUGUGAAGGUAUGGAUCAGAUUCAGACCCUCUUACUCUCUGCUCAGGAGAAGUUGGAGCUUGGUGUGAGGGUUGACCUUCUGCAACCAAUGACCCCUCAAAACCAUGCACUUACCCAGCUUAUUGUUAGAUGCUUGCACAGUGAACCUAAAAAACGGCCAUCGGCUGAGGAGUGUGCAAGGGUUCUGAGGACAGCUUUGGCAGUUUAUGAUCCACAGACUUUCAGUGAUGAUGUUCUUCACCUAAAAUCUUGCAAGGAAAAGAAGCUUCUGAAGUCAUCCUGGGAGUUGCCAAUUGAGCUACUUAAUCUAAAAGACAGUAGUUGCAUAAGCACCAAAAAUUGGACCUCCAAGGUUAUUCCAAGGAAUGAAGCUCAUUUGUCACAGAUUCCCAAAUUGGAAGCAGAAGGAAAGGUGUCUCUGCGGAUGGGAAGAAGGGUUUGUUCUCAGAUCAGAUGCUGUAAGGAUUCUGAAAAUAAAUCAGUUCAACCUGAUAGCUCUCAGACUCCUGGACAGUGUGGAGACCCCCAGAGACAGAGUCCCACGUCUUUAAGGUCCCCGUGUGUUUCCCCCACAACGCUAUUUCAGAGUACAUUGCCACAUAAUGCUAGCAACCAUGUUACAUGUCAAAUGUCAGCCGGAAGGAGCUUUUGCCGACUGCUACGGGAGAGAAGGGAGAGCAUUGUUCGUUGCAUGACCGAAGGACGACUCAACAACCUGUUAGAUGUGUUACGGGCCCGGCAGGCUGUGACCCGUGAGACAUACGAGAUCAUCACGGCAGCCGUGACCUUGACCGAACGCACACGCUGUUUACUCGAUAUGUGUUCCUGUCUGGGGGAGAAUGUGGCUGUUCUGGUGGCCACAACUUUGGGUCUAGUAUCCACUAAACACACUCAGAUAGCCUCUAAAUGACAUGAUGGUCAGGUUAUUAUACAGUAAUAUAUUGUAUUAUAUUAUAGCAUUUUAAUAUGCUGAGAUUUUAUAUUAUUUGGUCUGCUUUAAAGCAGAGAUGAGAAGAGGUCAGACCCUCUGAGAUGGUACACUGCCAUGCAGUUUCACUCUCUUAAAAUGUAAUCAAAUUGACAGCUUUUAAGGGUAUUCGUUGUAAUUCAGUUUGCAUACUGACGGGAUUAUUAUGUAUUUGUCUUUGAACAUAAUGAUGUUAUGUUUAAUAGGCAGGUACUGCUUUGAUCACAUUAUUUAAGUUUCACAAAAUUUAAGCAACACAAAAGGGUCAUUUAAUGGGGGGGGGGGCUGUUUUAAUGAAUAAUAGUUCUCACAUCAGUGUUUACGGUCAACAUUCACACUCAACAUACUAUUCAUACAGUAGUAGUUGUUUGUAGAUUAUCAUUAACUAGAAAACAGCGUUUGGGUGGGUCAUCAGAUAUUUCAUCAAUCAUCUCUAGUGUUUUUUGUGUAUUGUGUGCUAUGCAUUUCUGAUACACGGUUUUAUGUUUUGUAAUGCAGAUUUGGAUUGUGCAUGUUGCACAACAGUUUCUGAUUGUAGAGUAUCUUGCAACAAGACAUUUUAAGUGCAUUUAAUGUAAUAUUGAUUAGUUCCUUAUGUAUGCAGCAUAACAAGAAUUUAAAAUAAAGAUUCACG